CGCCCGGAGCUCAGCCAGAUACCCCUCACUGGCUCUCAAAAGUCACGUGAGGUCCAUAAAGUUAGUUUUAUGGUUUUGGGGAGUUGACAAUGUACAAUAUAUUUCACAUUCUCCAGAAUGUUAAGUGACACUUUAACUGCUCGCUCUGCCUCGUCGGGGGCAGCAAUGGGUGAGCACUUUUCCAGAUGAGAGAUAAACGCUGCAGUUGCAGGGUGAACAAUGUUUUGCGGGUCCCGGUCUCAGGGCAGAGGGCCCAUGGACUGCAGUGCUCAGAGAAAAAAUUCAUUCCAAACACAAAAAACCCCCCCAAACCCCGCCCGUUUGGGUGCGAGAGGAAGCGUGAGGAGAGUAAACAGGAAAGCGCAGCUCUGACCGUGCAGCAAUUAAUGGCCAUGAGCUCGUUUUUGAUCAACUCCAACUAUGUGGACCCCAAGUUCCCACCCUGUGAAGAAUAUUCCCACAGCGAUUACCUUCCCAAUCACUCGCCGGAAUACUACGGCAGCCAGAGGCACCGGGAGAGCUCCUUCCAGCAUGAGGCGAUGUACGAGGCGCGGGCAGCCUGCAAGGAGCAGCUGUACCCGUCGUGCCGGGGCUCGGGCCAGCCCCGCGCUCCGCCGGGCGCCCCCAGCCCGCCCCCGGCCGGGCCGGGCCCCGCGGGCCCGCGCGGGGAGCCCGUGGUUUACCCCUGGAUGAAAAAAGUCCACGUAAGCACGGGUAAGUGAAAGGGGGGCAGCCGAAAGGGGCUUUAUACUUGGAGUAGCACCUCGGAGUCUCGGGCAGAUCGCGGCGCGGCGCUUGUAAAAGGAGCGCCCGGCGGAGAUUUACGAGCGCCCGUUUGCAGAGCGCUAUAAUUACAUCCUCCAUAAAUUUUUAUUGCUCUGCUUGGCCAUGUGCCUUUGAAGUCUCUGUUACCAUCCUCCUCCAGUUUCUUGCAGGCUACUUUUCUUUUUUUUUUUUUUUUUUUUUUUUUUACUUUUUUUUUACGGCUGUUGAAUCUUCCUAAGUGAAGUUUUAUGUUUUGGUAAUUUGUAUUUAAGUAGCGGAUUGAGUAAAGUUUUAUUAUUUUC